UAGAACCAUAUGCAUGUGGUAGUCGGCCGUCAUCUGACAGCACCAUCAUCCUGUCAAAAUACUCAUAAUCAUCACUCUGAACAACGCAAAUUAAUAUUCCUCAAAGAUGUCCACUCGAGAUCCCGAUGAUAUAUUAACUUACGGAGACGAGAACUUUGACUUUCUCUUCAAAAUUGUUUUAAUCGGUGACUGUGGUACGGGGAAAACGUGCGUUGUGCAGAGAUUCAGAGGUGGUACAUUUAUCGAACGUCACGGAAACACUAUUGGUGUAGAUUUUUCAAUGAAAACCGUGCUCAUUGAUGGAAAAAGAGUCAAGUUACAAAUUUGGGAUACCGCGGGUCAGGAACGCUUUCGAACAAUUACGCAAAGUUAUUAUAGGUCAGCCAAUGGCAUAAUCCUGGUUUAUGAUAUUACCAAACGAUCCACUUUCCUGAGUGUACAAAAAUGGAUUGAGGAGGUGCGGCGAUACACAUCUACCAGUGUUAUGUUAAUAUUAGUAGGGAAUAAGUGUGACCUAGAAAGUCUAAGAGAGGUAGAACGGAGCGAAGCCGAAACCCUGUGUAUAUACAUGCCAGAAGUAUUACAUGUCAUUGAAACAUCAGCCAAAGAUAAUAUUAAUGUAGACACAAUAUUCUUCAUGAUCGCAUCAGAACUCAAAAAACGACAUGAAAAUCGUCAAUUGGAAUCGAAAGACCAGGAAGUUGUUAAACUUGGCGACAGCAAAGCUCUCUCCUCAUGUUCCAGUUGUUCGUAGAUUUGACCCCUACCACCAGUACAUACUAUUAUAUAAAUUUGGAGCAUUGAAAAACCUAAUGUCUCACGUGUGUUCAUAGAAAUUACGCAAAGAGUUUAAAAAUGAAUGGCUAAUACAUUGAAUUGAGGUCGCCAUAAGCAAACCAUGAAUAAAACAUACUCAGACCUGCCACUGUCAGGCGGAAAAAAGGAAAAAUAGAUUUUAAAAAAAAUCUACAUUGGUAAAUGUAAUAGGAUCUAUCCGAUGAGCUCAUUACAAGGGCAGUACUAGCGAUACCAAUUGAUGAAAAAUAUUUUAAAGUACCUCUUGAAAUUCCCAUUGCACAUAAAUUUGAACAUUGUAUAGGAAUUUUUAUAGUUGUUUUUCCAUAUUUUUAACCUUCUCUUACAUUUGCGAUUUUGCAGAUAUUUUUUAAUAAUAAAAAAAAAAAAAAGAUUAAAUGAAGUGAUCAAUCAAUGUUAACUAAUGAAUGAAAAAUGGCUUGUGUAUUAUAAAAAAAAAAAAAAAGUAGGA